AUGUGUCAUUUAUACUUGCUGGUGGGCCUGCUGACGCCGGCGGUGAGCUGAAACGUGGCGAUCAGCUGUUGAGCGUAAAUAAUGUCAGCCUAAAGAACGCUACCCAUGAAGAGGCCGCUCAGGCGUUGAAGAGUUCCGGUGGUGUUGUCACAUUAGUCGCACAGUAUCGCCCCGAGGAGUACAAUCGCUUUGAGGCGCGCAUACAGGAGCUGAAACAGCAGGCUGCAUUGUCGGCCGGCGGUACUGGCACACUGUUGCGCACCUCUCAAAAGCGUUCACUGUACGUGCGUGCGCUGUUCGAUUACGAUCCGAAUCGUGAUGAUGGGCUACCAUCGCGCGGUCUACCCUUCCGCCAUGGCGACAUACUACACGUGACAAAUGCUUCCGAUGAUGAAUGGUGGCAGGCACGUCGCGUGCUGGGCGACAGUGAAGACGAACAAAUCGGUAUUGUGCCAUCGAAACGACGAUGGGAACGAAAGAUGCGCGCACGCGAUCGUAGUGUUAAGUUUCAGGGUCACGCUGCAGCCAACAAUAACCUGGACAAGGUCAGUAAUGAGCAAUCGACGCUGGAUCGUAAGAAGAAGAAUUUCACGUUUUCACGGAAAUUUCCGUUCAUGAAGAGUCGCGACGAAAAAUUGGGAGAAGAUGGCAGUGAUCAAGAGCCAGCCAAUGGAGUUGUAAACAGCAAUAGUGAACUUGAUGUUAACAGUGUUAACAACAAUGAUUUAAGUGAACCGCAACCUUUUAUGCUUUGCUACACACAAGACGAUGCCAAUGCUGAAGGAGCCGAAAUAAUCUACCGUGUGGAGUUGCCAGACAUGGAGCAGAUAACACUAAUCUAUUUGGAGAAUAGUGAUGCUGACUAUCCAUCCGAAGAAAAUGUGCUAUCCUAUGAGGCCGUACAACGGCUAUCCAUUAACUACACACGGCCAGUAAUCGUGCUUGGGCCGUUGAAGGAUCGCAUCAAUGACGAUUUGAUAUCCGAGUACCCAGAUAAAUUUGGCUCCUGUGUACCACACACGACACGACCGAAACGUGAUUACGAGGUAGAUGGUCGUGAUUAUCAUUUUGUUUCGUCACGUGAACAAAUGGAACGCGAUAUACAAAAUCAUCUAUUCAUCGAAGCGGGACAGUACAAUGAUAAUCUUUACGGUACAUCGGUGGCGAGUGUACGCGAAGUUGCGGAAAAGGGUAAACACUGCAUUUUGGAUGUAUCGGGCAAUGCCAUAAAGCGGCUACAAGUCGCUCAACUCUAUCCAAUUGCUAUAUUUAUCAAACCGAAAUCGGUGGACUCGAUAAUGGAAAUGAAUCGACGCAUGACGGAGGAGCAAGCGAAGAAAACAUACGAACGUGCGAUUAAAAUGGAACAAGAAUUCGGCGAAUAUUUCACAGGAGUUGUCCAAGGUGACACCAUCGAAGAGAUCUACAGCAAAGUCAAAGCGAUGAUCUGGUCACAAUCGGGACCAAUCAUUUGGGUACCAUCGAAAGAAUCUCUAUGACCUACAGCCACGACGACAUGGACACUGCCGCCUCGAGUACGCUGUCGACCAGUCUCGAGAUCAACAACAAAUCAACAUCAACAGCAAACGCACUGAUUUUGAACGAUAUUGAUGGAGCAGGAGCACGAUGUCGCCAACGACGUCAUAACAACUACAAACCCAGCUGACGAUUGAGUAUGUAUGCAGUUGAAAAUCGCAGCAUAAUAAAGUCUAAAAUGGCAAUAAAGCAACAACAGCUAUAGUUACAGCGAAUGAGGCAUUCGAGUUGGUGCCAUUUGAACGAUUAUCGAGUAUAAACUAAAUCACACCACCGUCACCACACUACAGAAGACACCGCCUGGCAAGUUGGUAUUACUCCAUCGUGUGUGUGUGCGUAUGACGGUUUGCGUCGUUGGUGUGACAGCGCACUACAGAGAAUGAGCAGAAAAUUAUACAAAACUAUAGAUGAGAGAUGUUGUAGCUAAUAUAAAAAAUAAUAAUUGUAAUAAUAAAAAGAAUAAGGCAGGCUGCGACUCCUACGUACAUAUAUACUGAAGAUGGUGCAUUUGUUGUUUGUUUGUUACCGCUAGCAAUUAAAAAUUCGAGUAUCGAUGAAUACAUUAUAUAUAUAGACAUAAAUAUAUAUAUAUAUAUAUAAAACUAAUUAGAAACGAAAAAAUUGUAAUGAAUUUGAGCAUAGCCACUCACCAUACAAAUUGCAAAUACUACAUACAGACGAACAUCCAUACAUCCAUACAAACUACAUACCUGCUUGCAUAUAACAUAAAAAUUAAAUUAAAGCACAUAUGAAAUACGGAAAUUGCGAUUAAAAUUCAUAAUUAGAUUUAACUAACAAAAAAACGUGAAAUAAUGCGUUGAAGCAAAUUCGCUGCAAACACUGAGUAACUAAAAGUUUAGAAGAAAAAAUUCACCUAAAAUGAGAGUACUAUAAAUAUAAAAAGAUGAUUUCCAGUGCCGACGAACAAACUCGCUUUAAAAUACGCAACGAUACUUUGUAUGCGAGGUGAAAUGUCGUUGAAGUUAGUUGAGCAAAUGCAUGUAAAAGUACAGUUAAAGUUGAACUAAAGUAAAACGCGGCGUUAAAUUAGAAAAGAAAAAAGUAUAUAUAUUGCAAUUUAAAAGCGUAGUUAAAGAGGAAAAAAUUUAAAAUUGUUUUAUUAACGUUAUAACGUACAAUAAUUUAUUUAUAUAUAAAAAAAGAGAGAAAAUCGUGUAAAGUGUAAGACGUGAAUGUUAAAAACUGCAGUUGUCAUAAACAGAAUUAAAAAAAAAAAAGUAUGCGAGACAAAACUUCAAAGCAUUAUUAUAGUUGCAUAUAAUUACAUACAUUUUUAAUUGUUUUAAUAUUAGUGUAAACUUUUCUUCAAACUGUCACAAUUUAUGUUAAUGCAAUCGCAGAAGUUGAGACAAAAAAUUUGUUCACUUAGAAGAAUAAAUGUGCUUGUAUGUUUUGUUUGCAUAAUUUUCAUACGAGUUUUACCAGCAGCGACAAGAGAUAUAUUUUGAAUAAUAUUUGCUAUACCUAUGCAUACUCCAUUGUUUAUAUCCAUACAUGUACAAGAGGUACCACAAAGUACUAUAUUUAUUUCGUUUAUAAUUUAUGCAUCCACUAUCUAAUACCCAGUUGGUUGUGUAUUGUGUAUAACUAAAACAACAAACAGCAACUCGCCUUAAACGCUUCAAACUAUUAUAAAUGCGCUUCAUAAAUACAAACAUACAAACAUUUUCAUUCAUAGUCAAAAGAGCGCAUUUAAAUUCGAAUAUGCUAUAUAUUUAUAUAUAUAUAUAUAUCAGUACGUCCACACUACUUGUUUGUUAUCCGAGUUUAAGUUAUCUUUUCACACUUGACAACCGUGUAUUUCUUUUACUCCUUUUUAUUUUUUUUUUUAGUUAUAAGCUAUGUAUUAAAUAUUUACUUAAUUUUAUUUUAUAUUUAACCGCAUUGCAUUCUCUGCCAACUGGGUACCUAAUUUGUUUUCACACUUCCUUCCGUAUUGGUAUUUAAUUGUUAGCUGUUGUGAAUUAAUUAUUUGGACGCAGGUUUUCGCUCACAUAGGCGUUGCGGUGUAAAUUUUGCUAAAACCUAACGAAACAUUGUAGUAGAGAAGUAGGUUUAGAAUAAAUGCGUUGCCGCAAAAUGCAACAUCAGUCACAUUUGUAUCUAAACUACAUGAACUUCAUUAGUCCUAUUCGUACUACGACUAGUUACUCCAUGUAUACUACUUACUACUAUGACUAUUGCUACUUCAACUCUACUUAAAGUGUGGAAGUAAAAUUGUAUGUAAUGUUUUUUUUCUACAUAGAAGAAUAUUUAAUUUUUGUCUUAUUUUUCUUUUAAGUUUUACAUAUUAUUUAACAUUGUACAAGUUAUUACGACAAAACACAGUUAUUACAAAUAAUACAACCAACAACAAAAAAAUGCAAAUUUAACAAAAAAGAAAAGAACAACACAAUACUUUUUUCAACGAAUAUUUAAAAUGCGUUAAGUGCAAGAACAAGAAGUAUACAAUAAUACAGAAUUUAAGUAAACCAUUUAACUUAAUUAAAUCGUUUCAUUUUUAUUGAAAAAUAA